GGGAGAGAGAGAGAGAGGGAGAGAGAGAGAGAGAGGGAGAGAGAAAGAGAGAGAGAGAGAGAGAGAGAGAGAGAGAGCCGGUAAACACGCGUAGACCCACAGUCACCGGCUGUGCGCGUGCUGUGCUGCCGUGUCCCGUCUCUCUCUCCGUCCGUCUGUCACGAGCCUGUCUGCGGACCUCACCCGGCUGUCGCAGAUGGAGACCAGGCAACAAGGGCUGCGCCGGACUAUGGAGAAACACUUGAUCCCUGUGUUUGAGUGUAUGUAACAUCAGUCCGCUUGUCUCCUCUCGCCCUGCUGCCUUGCUCUGCUGCAGAGCUGUACUCUAGUGUUCUGAGUGAAGCAGUGGUGGACUGGGGCAGCAUGGGCCCUGGAGAGGAGUGGGCUACCUCAGCCCCACGCGAGGGAGAGCAGGGUGUGAAUGAUGGGAUGUUUCACCCCUCGAGGGGCGAGGAGGUCUCGAUCAAGUCCGGCUCAUAUGGUGGUACCUUGGCUCCUGAGCUCCAAAAUGGGGAGAACCUGACAGAAUGGGGUAAAACUUCAGCGCCAAGGGAGGACAUGUGGGGCCAGACAUCAGUGUCCCACUCUGACGACUGGGCCAUGUCCACCACUUGGGAUAUGCAACUUCUAGACAGCUCAGAGAGAGGACACCUCGCAGCAGGUUUUCUGGAUUCGGAACCACUGAAGGAGUCUGAUGAAGAUUUCGUGUCCGAGGUCAACUUGAACAACUGCAUCAUGACAGACGAGGAGAGAGAAGAGGCUCAGCAAGAAUUGGACAAACUGGAAGAGGAGAUCAACACACUGAGGCAGGUUUUGUCGUCCAAAGAGAAGCAGCACGCAGACCUCAAACAGAAACUGGGCAUCACUCCGCUGAGCGAGCUCAGGACCAACUUCAGCAGAGGCUGGCACGACAUGCAGACCUCCACAGCUUACAAGAAGACAUCAGAGACACUGUCCACUGCAGGACAGAAGACCUCCGCCGCCUUCAGCACCCUCGGCACCGCCAUCACCAGGAGGUUUGGAGACAUGAGCAUGGUUGGUCUAGAGUUACUGUUCCCGCGGAGCUACUCUAUCAGACACUCUAUGAGCAUGCCCACCAUGAGAAACUCUCCCAGCUUCAAGACUUUUGAGGAGAAAGUUGAGACUACAGUGUCUACAAUCAAGACAAAGGUUGGUGGUACAGGGCCCGGAGGCAGCUUUGAAGAAGUCCUCUCCUCCGCAGCGAACGCCAGCUCUCAGGACACGCCCACUAACAACUUGACGAACAGCUCUGAGAGGCAGUGUUAGAGCGUCAUCCACACCACGAGGGUGGGACCUAAAACCAGGAGCUCUGUCACUGCUAUGUCACAGCACUUUGUUUGUACAUCUACUAAAAGCUCUGACUGAAAUGUUACACAAUACCUUUAUUUUAUCGCAAGUGUUAAGAUGCUUGUUAAAAGUCUCCUAACACUAGGACGUAACUAAAGCCUAAAAUCUUAAAAGCACCACAGAUGUCGAUCAGCUGAGGUCGAAGGGGAGAAGCAGAAGACAUAGUUACAACAUGAUGACGUGAAAUGAGGAUGAGCAGUUUCCACGGCGGGUCCAGGAGGCAGAAAGGACCAAAAUCCAGUGGCCAGAAAAAGUAUGUGAACUGAUGUGAUACGUUCUUCAUCUAAGUCGUGAGUAUCGAAUGAACAUAAUGUGCUUCAUCUAAAAACAUUUUUUGUCUCAAUUGAAAACACCCAAUAAACAUUCACCGUGCAUGAGGAAAAAGUAAGUGAACCCUCGGAUUCAAUAACAGGUGGAAGGAGAUUUACUGUCAGACAGCCUCUCACACAUACAGUAAUCUUGUAAUAUAUACUGAUAAGAUUGCUGAUUCGUUUCAUGUCAUGAAGCUUGACGCUGCACAAAACUGAGUGCCCACCUAAAGAAAGAGUAUCCACAGAACUCAAUCAUUGUAUUUGCAUUACAUAUUAUAUAUGCAUUUGUAGACAGUUUGUGCGACUGUUGACGGAUGAACAUCUAAACUCUUUGAGAUGACCAGUUUCACUAACUCCUGACUGUGGUCACCUAAUGUCGAUGUCAGCAGCCUGUCAUCUGCUUUUUCCAGCCUGCACUAUGAAUGUGCUUUGUGUUAUGAGUUGAUUUAAAUGAAAAUCGGAUGAUGUUUUAAGACAAUUUUCCCGUACUUUGCCUCUGUGUAUUUCUUCUGUCACUGAGCGCCGUGUGGUUAGGUUUAUGUCUUUACCUCGUCAGUGAAAAAUCCGUCAGGUUUUGAAGUCUUACAAAGAUCUGAAUUCAGUUUCCUUUUCUUCUUCUUCAAAAAAGGUAUUAAAUCAAUUUUGUUUCUUG